AUGACCCAUCUUAUGUUUGCUGAUGAUUCUUUCUUGUUUUCAAAAACUACUGAAAAAAACUUUCAUGUCAUAAAAGACUAUCUUCAAAAAUACUGCCUUGCUUCUGGGCAAGAAAUCAAUUUUGAAAAAUAUGGUAUUCUGUUUAGUAGGAAGAUUCUUGAACAUAGGAAGGCCAUCUUAGCUAAUAUUUUAGAUAUCCAAAGCAGGGAUUUAGGAGAAAAACAUCUCGGAACACUUACUGUUUUCCAAGCUUCAAAAAUCCAGACACAUAUGGGUAUUCUCCAAGCCAUUGAUGCCAGGAUCUCUAUCUGGCUUCACAAGCUUUUAUCCCAAGAUGCUAGGACUACUCUGAUCAAGCACAUUGGUCAAGCUAUCCCUCUUUUUCAAAUGGGAGCCUUUUUUAUCCCUAAACACCUCUGUAAACAGAUGGAUUCUCACCUCUGUAAAUUCUGGUGGGGUGAAACUUUAGAUCCCAAAGAUAGAAAGUUGCACCUUCUGGGCCGGGACAUUUUAUGUUCCCCUAAAGCUGAAGGGGGUUUGGGGUUCAGAAAGGCUGAGUUAAACAACCUAGCAACGCUUGCUAGGAAUGCCUGGAGAAUCCUGGAGAAUCCAAACUGUCUUCUGGCCACUGUUCUUAAGGCCAAGUAUUUUCCCAAAACUGAUUUUUUGAAUGCUAAGUGUACUGCUAAAUGCUCUUGGACUUGGAAGUGCCUGCGUGCUAUUAAGGAGCUUAUAAAACCCUUUAUUUCUUGUAUUGUUGGGGAUGGUCAAUUUAUUGAUCCUUGGUGUGAUAAAUGGAUUCCAUCUCAGGGUUCUACCAUACCCAACCCUCUGGUCCCUCCUGAUCCUUGUAUUAAAGUUGCUUAUUUCAUUGAUUCCCAAUCCAGAAGUUGGGAUGUGUCUAGACUAAAUACCCAUUUUGAUAAUGCUUCUGUUCAGAAGAUUAUCUCCAUUCCCUUAAGCCAGCUUUGCACUCCUGAUAGGAGGGCUUGGUAUCUUUCAAAGAAUGGCAAAUUUUCCUCUAAAUCUGCCUACUUGGGGAUCAGAGGCCUUAGGCCCUCUUCUUGUAAAAACCUUUGGAAAGUUAAAGUGCCUUACAAAAUUCAGAACAAAUCUUUUUUAGAUUGGCUUCUUUUCUGGUUAACUGACCAUCAGUCUAAAUUGUCUGAGGAUAAUCAAUGUCUAUUUGUGGCUAUUUUAUGGUCCCUCUGGACCAGUAGAAACAACUUCAUUUUCCAAGGCAUUAGAGAAAACUACACUACUGUCUUAGCCAGAGAAAAAUCUAUGCUUCUUACUAGGAACUCUAGACAUUCUAGUCUGACCACUCCCUCCACCAUACAUGUCAGUAUUAGUGAUAAAUGGAUGCCUCCUUCUUUUGGUUGGAUUAAAUGUAAUACUGAUGGUGCCUUUGAUGAUAUCUCUGGAGCUAAUGGUGCAGGGUAUGUGAUGCGGGAUUUUUCAAGAAAAGCAACCUUUUAUGCCUUUCUAGUCUUUGAUGUUUACUCUGCUGAAGCAAGGGCCAUCUGGGCAGUUCUGAAGAAAGUUGUGGAACAACAUCUCUCUCACAUCAUCGUAGAAAGUGAUGCUAAAGCUCUCAUCGAUCAAUUUUCAGCUGAGAAUUUCGAUGGAGACUCUAGGACGGAUGCUAUCUUUAAAGACAUUCUAUUUUUUUCUUCCAAAUUAUCUGCUUGUAUCUUUAGUUUUCAACCUAGAAGUUGUAAUUCUGUAGCUCAUGAACUUGAUCAAUGGGCAAAACAAAACAAUUAUUCCAUGUACUGGUCUAAACCCCUUGUUUGGAUCCUUCCAACAGUUGAGGAGGACCAUUAG